AUGAAUAAGAAUGACCAAACCUUAGAACUGGAAUCAGAAAGAAGGAAUAGAAUCAAAACAUUAUGUCAAAAUUACCAAAAUGAUGUAUUUUCACUUAGCUUUGAUAUGAUUAAAGAGGCUAAUGAUACAUCAAAUGGUUUUAAUGAUAAUGAAACAUACAUUCGUCAAAUUAAGGAAAUUGGUAAGCUAUUAAAAAUUCCAAAUCACAUUGUUGAUGCUUUAAAAAAUGGUGAUGAUAUAUUAUCUUUUGAAGAAAGCAUUUUUCAUAAACUCAAUUGGUUCAAUUUAUCAAUGUCAAGACCGGAGCCAUUGAUAAAUCCAUUAAUGGAUCCUCAAAACUUGUUUUUGAAUGAUUUGAUUGGAAAAUGUUUUGUAAAAGAAGAAGCUAAACAUGAUUGUAAUUAUGUGGCAAAUGUAAUUGAAUCUGGUGAGAAGAAUAUCUUAAAAAUUGAUUCAGUGUUAUCUUCAUUCUUGUGGGCUCAUUCGAUAUAUGCUUUUGAUCUCAGUCGUAUUGAAAGGCACAAAAAAGAUAUUCAAAAAGAAACAUAUUUGGAUGAACAUUUCAAAUUGUUGAAUACAAAUGAAAAGAUUACAGAAUUAUCAGAUCUUUUACAAAAUAAAUUUCAUUUUCCAAUUUCCAAAUAUCUCCAUGUUGCAGAUAAAGUUCUUGAAUUGUGUGAGAGAAUCAAUUGGGCCAUGUCAGAAUUAGAUGGAACAUAUGAUGGCUUAUUUAUCAAACGUGCUACACCUUCAGCAAUCAGGUAUAGUGAAAGUGGACCAGUUAGCAAAUUAGAUCAUCAUGGUAUCAGGGGUUCAGAAUCAUCAUCUACAAAUUUCAUCAACUUUGGUCCAACAGAAAUAGACAUUUUAGUACGAUCAGAAUUUUUUUUUAGCAAAAAAACCAAUGAUAAUCGUUUGAUCAUCCAAUGCAGUAGAACUAAACUUUUGAAAGAAACGUUUCUAAAGUUCAUCAAUAAUAAUCCAGAAAAUCAAUUGUAUCUAGAAGACGAUCAUAUGGAAACAAUGGGGAAUAUUCUAAGACAAUUGGUUACAUAUUGUCAUGAAUCAAAUUCAACUACUGGUGUCUUAACAAAUUGGUCAUCAUGGAUUAUCAUUGAAAUUGAUCUUGAUAAAAGUUUACCUGCUACUAUUAGUGAAACAAAUGUUAUUGAUUUGAAUUUGAAAUACCGGAUAAUUGAUAUUGAUGAUCAAUAUUUGACUAUUGGUUGGGCUUUAGUUUAUUUAUUCAAACAAGUUUAUGAAGACAUUGAUUCAAUGGAGAAAACUCAUACAAAGGAACAGUUUGACACAAAAUUUUAUUUAAAUGAUGAUGAUAAAACUAAAAAUUCAAUACAAAAGAGAACUGUAAAUAGGCUAAUGAAAUCAAGGGAGAAAAUAUCUUUAAUCAAUAGUUCAAAAACAGGAAUUGAAGAGUUUUCAACUACUGUUUCUAGUAUAUUCCCCAAUGGGCUAUCCAAUCAAGCUAUUCAAAGUGGUCCAAAGCUUAAAAGUCAAGUGUUCUCAGUUUUAUAUAGAGAUAUAAAGGAAUCACUAAAUCUUGAUAUCAAAAAUAUAUCAUUGGAUAAAGAGAUGGUUCUUAAAGUUUACGAUAUGGAUUUAUUUCAAUUUUAUAAGCGAUUAGAUGCUUCAAGAUUCAAACAUUUUAAGCAAGAGGUCCAAUCACUUGAAUUAAUCAAACUGCAUAAUGAAUCAUGUAUAAAAGCCAAAGAUUGUGAUUCAAUAAUUAAUACCCCAGUGAUUUACAAUUCAUUUAUAUUAAACUUGAAUGAUUUAAAUGGGGUCUCAGCUCUUUAUGGUUAUGCAAUAUUGAUGGAAAAGAUAGAAGAUGAUCUUACUGCUGGGCUAUAUUCAAAUGAUCAAUUCUUAGAAAAAUGUAAUAGACAAUUAGUGGUGUUGGCAAAAUUGGGAAUUGUUCAUAAUGAUUUAGAAGCAAGGAAUAUAAUAAUUUGUAACGAUAAAUUUUUUUUUAUUAAUUGGGGACUUUCUAAGAUAAAGAUUACUGAUUAUUCUAAACGGCUGAUCAAUAGUACUCAAUCCAUAUAA